CUGUUCUCAAACUCUGGUCUCAGAUGAUCCACCUGCCUUGGCUUCCCAAACUCUCAAAGUGCUGGGAUUACAGGUGUGAGCCACCGCACCUGGCCAGUGUCACAAAGAUUUUUAGUUCUAUGUUUUCUUCAUAGAAUUUUUUAGUUUUACAUUUCACUAUUAGGUCUACAAUCUAUUUUGUAUUAAUUUUUGCAUAUGAUGUGAGGUAUAGAGAAGAUGGAAUUUUUUUAUUUUUGGUUUUUUAAAUUUAUGGAUUUUUUUCCCUUUUUUCCUAGGAAAGCUAUUAUCUUUGAGAGUAGGAAAUUUUACCAGUUUUGGUACAGUGUAAGAAAUGGGAGUCAUUUUUUAGUGCUCUUGGCUUACCCUAUUUUCCUUCAAUAGGGUGAUCACAUCAUUGUUUAGAUUGCUCAGGUUUAAUAAUAGCUACCAUGCCUGUAAUCCCAGCACUUUGGGAGGCUAAGCGGGGUGGAUUAUUUAAGGUCAGAAGUUUGAGAUCAGCCUGGCCAAUGUGGCGAUACAUCAUCUCUACUAAAAAUACAAAAAUUAGCCAGGCGUGGUGGUGGGCACCUGUAAUCCCACGUACUUGGGAGGCUGAGGCACAAGAAUCACUUGGUCCCAGGAGGUGGAGGUUGCAGUGAGCUGACAUCAUGCCACUGCACUCCAUCCUGGUCAACAGAGGGAGACUGAGUCUCAAAAAAAGAAGAAAAAAAAAAGCUACCAGUUAUUCAGCAUUAGGUAGUGUUUUGCCUGUUUACAUAUUGAAAUAUUUUUCUUAAAAUAUUUAUUUGCUGGAUGUGCUCAGUGUUUAUAGAUAAAACAGGUGAUUUGAACGAGCUUCCAUUUCCAGCAGUUGCCCACAGGAGGAUUCAUGUUGAGGUCUGUUUGGCUGUUAAGCUUAGGCUCUUUUCCUUAUGUUGCACUGCAUUUCACAGAGAGAGGUCUGUGGUUUUUUUUUCUGAGAAGAGUCUCCUUCUGUGGUCUGGGCUGGAGUACAGUGGUGCGAUCUCAGCUCACUGCAACCUCCGUCUCCCAGGUGCAAGAGAUUCUCAUGCCUCAGCCUCCGCAGUAGUUGGGAUUACAGGCGCUUGCCACCACACCCAGCUAAUUGUUUUGUAUUUCUAGUAGAGACGGUGUCUUGCUAUGUUCCCCAGGCUAGUCUUGAACUCCUGGCCUCCAGUCAUCCAACUGCCUUAGCCUCCCAAGUGCUGGGAGCACUGCUCCUGGCCUGUUUUUGACUUUUUAUUACAAAAAUCUUAAGACAUACACCAGGGUAGAACAAUGUAAAGAAUCUCCAUGUUGGCCGGGUGCGGUGGCUCAUGCCUGUAAUCCCAGCACUUUGGGAGGCCGAGGCGGGCGGAUCACGAGCUCAGGAGAUCAAGACCAUCCUGGCUAACAUGAUGAAACUCCGUCUCUACUAAAAAUACAAAAAGAAAUUAGCUGGGCGUGGUGGCGGGCACCUGUAGUCCCAGCUACUCGGGAGGCUGAGGCAGGAGAAUGGUGUGAACCUGGGAGGCGGAGCUUGCAGUGAGCGGAGAUCGUGCCACUGCACUCCAGCCUGGGUGACAGAGCAAGACUCCAUCUCAAAAAAAAAAAAAUGUUCAUUGCCAUUUUUAUUCAUAAGAGCCCCAAAUGAAAACAACCUAAAUGUCCAUCAACAGGAGAGUGAAUAAGUGGUGAUAGUCACAUCAUGGAAUACUACACAGCCAAAAAAGAAAAAUGAAGCGGUAGGAACGUUCAACGACAUGGGUGAAUAGAGGGAGCCAGGUAUGAGAGACAGUGCACUGUACCAGCCCACUUAGAUGAAGCGCAGGAAGGCAGAACUGACGAUGAUUGAAGUCAGAAGAGUAGUUUCCUUUGUGGGAAAGUUAGAUCAGGAAGGAGCUCUCUGGGGUACUAGAAAUCUGCCGUAUCUUGGCUGGGUGCAAUGGCUCACACCUGUAAUCCCAGCACUUUGGGAGGCCUAGGCGAGAGGGUCACUUGAGCCCCGGAGUUAGAGACCAGCCUGGGCAACAUAGUGAGAUCCCAUCUCUACAAAAAGUUAAAAAUUAGCAUGGCAUGCUGGUGUGUGCCUGUAGUCUCAGCUACUCAGGAGGCUGAGGCAGGAGGAUUGCUUGAGCUCAACAGUUUGAGGCUGCAGUGAGCUAUGAUUGUGUCAGUGCACCGCAGCCUAUCACUUCAGUGACUGAGCAAUACCAGUCACAAGAAGUAAGGAAGGAAGGAGAAAAGAAAGGAAAGGCUGAGCGCAGUGUUUCACAUCUGUAAUCCCAGCACUUUGGGAGGCCAAGGCAGCUGGAUCACUUGAGGCUAGGAGUUUGAGACCAGCCUGGACAACAUGGCAAAACCAAAAAUACAAAAAUUAGCCAGGCAUGUUGGUACAUGCCUGUAAUCCCAGCUACUCAGGAGGUUGAGGCAUGAAAAUUCCUUGAACUCGGCAGGCGGAGGUUGCAGUGAGCUGAGAUUGCGUCACUGCACUCCAGCCUGGGUGACAGAGCAAGUGUCUGUCUCAAAAAAAAAAAAAAAAAGUGAAAAAAAGAAAGAAAAUAAAUUUACCAUAUCUUGACCUAGGUGAGGCUAUCACAUACGUUGAUAUAUAUUGGAAUAUAUGUGUGUGUGUGUGUCUCAGUGUAUAUGCCAAGAUGCACAUUAACAGAUUCCUGCCACUCACGCCUAUAAUCCAAGCUCUUUGAGAGGCUGAGGUGGGCAGAUCACGAGGUCAGGAGUUUGAGACCAGCCUGGCCAAUGUGAUGAAAGACCUCUCCAAUAAAAAUACAAAAAUGAGCCAGGCAUGGUGGUGCACUCCUGUAAUCCCAGCUACUCAGAGGGCUGAGGCAGAGGAAUCGCUUGAACUCAGGAGGCUGGGGUGACAGUGAGCCCAGAUUAGGCCUCUGCACUCCAGUCUGGGUGAUAGAGUGAGCCUCUGUCCCAGAAAAAAAAAAAAAAAAAAAAAAGAUUCCAUUAGUAAACAGAAUGAUUGAAUUAUAAAAAUCACCAUUUUGGGCCAGGUGCAGUGGCUCACGCCUAUAAUCCUGGGAUGACACUUUGGGAGGCUGAGGUGGGCGGAUCACGAGGUCAGGAGAUCGAGACCAUCCUGGCUAACACAGUGAAACCCCAUCUCUACUAAAAAUACAAAAAAUUAGCUGGUCGUGGUGGCAGGAACCUGUAGUCCCAGCUACAUGGGAGGCUGAGGCAGGAGAAUGGCAUGAACCCGGGAGGUGGAGCUUGCAGUGAGCUGAGAUCGCGCCACUGCACUCCAGCCUGGGUGACAGGGCAAGACUCUGUCUCAAAAAAAAAAAAAAAAAAAAACACCAUUUUGGCCAGGCGCCGAACUCAUGCUUGUAAUCCUGGGAUGACACUUUGGGAGGCCAAGGAGGGUGGAUCAUGAAGUCAGGAGUUCAAGACCAGCCUGACCAAUAUGGUGAAACACUGUCUUUACUAAAAAUACAAAAAUUAGCAGGCAUGGUGGCAUGGGCCUGUAAUCCCAGCUACUCAGGAGGCUGUGCCAGAAGAAUUGCUUGAACCUGGGAGGCAGAGGUUGCAGUGAGCCAAGAUUGUGCCACUGCACUCCAGCCUGGGCGACAGAGCAAGACUCCGUCUCAAAAAAAAAAAAAAAAAAAAGAAAAGAAAAAGACUCUGGGUUGAUACCUGGAAGAAUCGUAUCUUAUUUGCUCCCCAGAAUCCUUAUAAUGGAAAGUGACACAUGAGAAAUUGAACCACGGAGAAAUACGAACAUUUCUGGAUUCUGAAUAUUUGUUGGGCAGAGUCUUUAGUACCAUUUUUCCUCCACCAACAAACCUGACUUCCAUGUUUCUUCCCUUUGCCUACAAUCAGUUAACAUCUCAAUAACUUCUCUCCCUGAAUAAAGGAAUAUAAGUUAAAGUAGGCAAGUGAUCUGCCUGCCUUGGUCUCCCAAAGUGCUGGGAUUACAGGCGUAAGCCACCUCACCCAGCCACCAUAAAUACCUUCAUUACGGAUGUUCUCAAACACACAGAUAAAGAAGGGAGAAAGCAUGCAAUUCACAUAACUUUAUAUACACUACCCACGUUAAUCAGUUAGCAACUUCCUGCUGAUCUUUCAACUUUUAAUCUUGCUAGGAAAGGCAGUCACGUGUGUGCAAUCUUUUGACCCCUGUUUGGCAGCAUUAGAAUAGGCCUUGGGUGGCCAGGUGCAGUGGCUCAAGCCUGUAAUGCGAGCACUUUGGGAAGCAAAGGCAGGCGGAUCACAAGGUCAAGAAAUAGAGACCAUCCUGGCCAACAUGGUGAAACCCCAUCUCUACUCAAAAUACAAAAAUUAGCUUGGUGUGGUGGCGCACACCUGUGGUCCCAGCUAUGUGGGAGGCUGAGGCAGGAGAAUCACUUGAACCUGGGAGGCAGAGGUUGCAGUGAGCCGAUAUCAUGCCACUGCACUCCAGCCUGGCAACAGAGUGGGACUCCGUCUCAAAAAAAAAAAAGCCCUUGCAACUUGGACUGGGUUUAUUUCCCUGUGUGGUAAUAUCUUUCUCUGUUUCAGACUCAAUAUUGUCUUCUUUGUUCUUCUAAAGCAUGUGCUUUAUGUAGUACUUGGCCAACCUCACUAUUCCAUCUUUCCUGGUGGGGAGGACACAGGAUCUUUUGUCUACAGCACAGGAGAGGUGCAAGCCGAACACCACCCCGUGUAGACUGAAGGUUGCCUUGGGAGACUGAUGCCCACUGUUGAAGCUGAUCUUGCCCUGCCUCUUCUCAAUGUUUUUAUCGGCGCUUCUCUGUGGAGGAGGCGGUGCGCACGGCUUCAGCGCCGAAUGCUGCACCUUCCACUGGACGGCGACGAAGGCGGUUGCCGUGCCAGCGCAGGACUGGGCGGCCUGUGUGGGAGUGUGAGCUGCGGUGCCCCGGGCAGCGCUCCAGAGGGGAAGCCGCGCGGCAGGCUGGAGCUACUCGGCCAGGGUUUCAGACUUUAAAUGAGAAUAAAGGGUGGUAUUUACGAGGAAAUGAGAGUGAAUAAGUCAUCUCUAACCUCUCCCAGCCUUUUUUUCAUAAGAGAGACCAUAUUAAACUUACAUGCUCUCCCGGCUGUGAUUGACCUUCAGUUACAGAGAGAGGGAGCAGAGUGGGACCAGGUCUGAGAAUAGUGAAGCAACUCAUUCCUUUCAGGACAUUCCCUCUGAUGUGCUAUUUUCAAACUGGUCUCUGGAGGAGCCUAAGGUGAUCUCUGCCUUCUCUGGAAAGCAGGCCGGGAAGCACGUGGUGCACAUCGCUUGCGGGAGCACUUACAGCGCGGCCAUCACUGCCGAGGGGGAGCUGUACACCUGGGGCCACGGGAACUGCGGCCGGCUGGGCCACGGCUCCAGUGAAGAUGAGGCCACUCCGAUGCUGGUAGCUGGGCUUAAAUAAGGACUGAAGGUCACCGAUGUGGCGUGUGGGAGUGGGGACGCUCAAACCUUGGCUGUCACUGAGAAUGACAGUGGUGACCCUGGCCAGGAGCGCGGACGUGCUGAGCAUCGUGCAGUCGGCUGCCCAGGCCGUGCUGCAGAGCGGCUGUCCGUGCUGCUGCCCACCAUGGAGGAGCAGGCCCGGGCACUCUCUGCUCUCCUGCCCUGCGCAGUUUCAGGCAAUGAAGUGAACCUAAGUCCAGGUCGUCAAUUCAUGAUUGAUCUUCUGGUGGGCAGCUUGAUGGCUGCUGGAGGGUUGGAGUCAGCCUUACACGCAGCCAUUACUGCGGAGAUCCAGGAUACUGAGGCCAAAAAAGAAGCACAGAAGGAAAAAGAAAUUGAUGAACAGGAAGCGAAUGCCUCAACAUUUCAUAGAAGCAGGACUCCAUUGGAUAAAGACCUUAUUAAUACGGGGAUCUGUGAGCCUUCUGGCAAACAGUGUUUGCCUCUGGUUCAGCUCAUACAACAGCUUCUUAGACUGGAGUGCAAUGACGCGAUCUUGGCUCACUGCAACCUCCACCUCCCAGGUUCAAGUGAUUCUCCUGCCUCAGCCUCUCGAGCCGCUGGGAUUACGGAUGAUAGUGUCGAACCAAGUGGAACAAAGAAAGAAGAUCUGAAUGACAAAGAGAAAAAAGAUGAAGAAGAAACUCCUGCACCUGUAUAUAGGGCCAAGUCAAUUCUGGACAGCUGGGUAUGGGGCAAGCAACCAGAUGUGAAAAGAGAGGUCCAAAGAACUCAAGCAAUUUGCCAUAAAUCGUGUCCCUCGCAGAUGGAGAGAGAGGAGACCAGCCAGCCACGACUCACAUCCUCAGGUGAAUGGUAACCACCAGAAGUGGUUUUCUCAGGGUUAGUGCCAUUAUUUAUUUUCUUCUGUUUGCUGUCGGUUGCUCCGGUACCAGCACCAGCACUGUUCCACUGAUGAUCAUCUGUAAACUGUGGAAAAGAGGAGCAGUGAUACUCAUGAGAACUACAAGCUCCUACAGUCACUUUACAGUUUAUACAAAAUACUCUUAUAGACUAUCUGAUUUAAUGCCACCGACAACUGUACAAGGUGUUGUUGCAAUCACUUAGUGACUGAGAGAGAUUGAUACCAUGGCUAAAAGAAAGGCAAUAAUGGAACCGAAACUCAUUCUUCUGCCUCCGAGCUCUGGGAUUUUGCCACAAAUCAGCAGCUGCCAGGGACCAAAACCAGAGGCAGAGGUAGAAAAGUAAAAGUCACGUAUCCUCAGGGCAGAAGGCAGCCUUUCUGUUAAAUCUGGGAAUUGAACAGAAAGAGGACAACCCAAGCUUCAUUUUGGAGAGAAGUCUGCUAGUCUCUUAGAAAUAUAUGUGUGACUGUCAUCCCUAAGAACAUUAAUGUUUUGUCUCUCUCAAGAGAAUCAAGGGAAAGUGAUGCUUCAGAAAGAUGCCCCAUAUGUAUCCUGUGGCACUGAAAGUACCCCAGGUUGAGAUGAGAUGAGGAAGAUUCAAGUUGUCAAGUUCAGUUUCCCAAGGUCUCUUCCACAGAAGAUGAGCAAAUCUCACUUCAAAGAUCACUGACUGAUGGGCACUCUGGUGCCAGAACCAUGGAGAAUUCAAAUAUGAGGUGGAGAACUUAGGAAAAACUGUUGAAGUCUCUCUGGAGAGUAGAAGCCUGGGAGAAAACCAAACCAAACCCGUUCUCCCAUUGCCACCCAGAGACACUCUCAACAUUUUGAGUUCACAAGGGAGGUGUAGGCUUUUCAAACAGUCAACUUCUGUGUUAAGGGAGUAAGGCAGCCUGAAACUUCUUGAUCCUAGGUCACAUGGUCCCCACUCCCCUUCCAGAUGGAAAUUUGUGCUGCAACCAGCGUAACCAGAAACGGGGUGAGAACACUUAGGGGAUGGGUCCUAAGAUCAAAGGCCAGUCUUGCAGCAGUAAUGACAGUUCCUAGAGGGACUGUGCCAUCAGUACAUUCCACUCCUCCGUGGGGUGGUGGGGGACGGGUGACAUCAGUGCUAUGCCCAAGUUGCCUCUUUGAGAUUGGGUUGGGGUUCGCAGGGUUGGGACCCAGGUACUUGGAGACAUGAGCCCAAACAGCCCAAGGAGGUCAGCCAUGGGGCAGCGGUAGGCAAGGGCAGAGUAUGGAGCGGGGAGCCCCAGGAGUCACCUGCCCAAAGUCACCCUGGGGUGACUGGUGAGGGCAGGUGCUGGGGCAUCCAGUUCCUUGGAAACAUGAACCUGAAGGGCCCAGGGAGGUCAGUUUUCAGGCAAGAGGAGGUGAGGGCAGAGUACAGAGCAGGGAGUCCCUUGAGUCACCCGCUCAAAGUCAGGUGAGGGCAGGGGUUGGGGCUGACACAAGAUUUUGGUUGAGGGAGCCCAGAGGCAUUGGGGGGGCCCAGCCUGGUGUACCUCUGGAGUGACAUGGACUCUGACAGCUGUUCUGCCAUCAGAGGGGGCCUGGGGUUGGGGUUGGGGUCCCGCAAUCCUAUGCGUUUUACCUUUUCCUUGGCCUCAGGCAAUUUGCUCUGUUGGUUUUUCUCUGACAUCAUGGGGAGGGGAGGGAGGUGGGGUUGGGGCCACAUUGGCGUGAUCCAGGCAACGGCAGUGAUAUGCCUCCAGUCACGUACCACGCAGCUGUGUGACUGAGCCAGAGGAGGCGUCACCAGGGUCACACUAGAAUGCAGAAUAGGGGUGUGGCCUUAAUGCUCCAAGCCCAUUGGUCAAUGAGAAAGAUGAAAGGGAAAGGAGGCGGGGUCAAGCAGCCACGUGUCAUGAAGGUCCUGUGAUGUCACAAGGAAAGGCGCCCAUGCAACUGCUGUCCCCAGCCACUCUAGGAGAGGGGUGGGGCUGGCUUUCACUUUCUGAGCUUUAAAACUUUAUCACCUUAAUUGAGGUACAAAUCCUAUUAUAAUGGAAAAUUUACAGCAUGCUUGAUGAUUAAUAAAGCUGACUAUAUUAUCCAACAUUCCAAUAAGGUAAAA